AUGAAAAUUUUAAGUUGGAACCUCCAAGGUCUGGGGAAUCCUUGGACGGUACGGGCGCUCAAAUUUUUUAUUCAAUCUAAUUCCCCAAAUAUUUUCUUUUUAAUGGAAACCAAGCUUACCCGGGGUGAGUUCGGCUACAUUUGUAGAAGUUUUGGUUCGUAUUACUCUUUUAUUAUUGAUUCUUAUGGUAUGAGAGGUGGUCUGGCUUUAUUCUGGAGCAAAAAUCUUGAUGUUACAGUUGAUGAUUUUUCUGAUAACCAUAUUGUGUUUUCGGUUAUAGACGCUAUGAGGGAUGAUCAUUGGAAGGGAGUGGGAGUGUAUGGUUGGCCUGAAGGACAAAAUAAACAUCUUACUUGCUCUCUUUUGAAACGUUUAUGUGAAGAUAGGAGCUGUCCUACGGUGGUGUUUGGUGAUUUUAAUUUAUUUUUGUACAAUUACGAGAAACAAGGGGGUGUGAUUAGAGACCAGCGAGAGAUGGAUGAGUUUCGGUCAACUGUUGAUGAUUGUGGGGUGGCGGAUAUGGGGUUUGAAGGUCAUUCUUUCACCUGGACAAAUAGGAGAGCGGGGGAUCAACUUAUUCAAAUAAGAUUGGAUCGUUUUCUGGCUAAUUCUAAAUGGCAGGAAUUGUUUUUGGAUUGGCAGGUUUCUCAUCUUGCUCGUCAACAAUCAGACCAUUGUCCCAUCAUUUUAUGUACCAAGGUGGAAAAUCAAAGAAUUGUCUCGAAACCUUUUCGAUUCGAACCAAUGUGGAUGCGUCAAGACGGAUUCGAUGACUGUGUUGUGCAAGCUUGGGGGUACGGGGUCGCGAAAAUGGUGACGUAA